GAAUCACAGCUGUUCAAUCGGCGCUGGAGGCAGCGGCCGCAAGCCGAGCGCAGCUUGCCGAGGAGUGGGCUGCGCGCGUGUGUGUGAGAGAGAGGGUGCUGUUCUUUUUUUUCCCUUUCCCCUCCUCUUCCUCCUCCUCCUCCUGCUGCUGCGCUCUCUCCUUCCCGGCCUCCCUCCCAUUUCCCAGCGCGAUCGCAACUCUGCACACAAAAAGCAGCAACUGCAACCAGCCGCCCUUCUCUGCUGAGCAGCAAAGCGAGCGAAAAGUUGCUCCAGGUCGCGAAGGGAAGCCGGACUUACAAACCAGAGACUGAAUCUGAAUCCUUGCAGAUCGCUCGUUCCCCCGUCUCUCCCUGCGAGGGGAAGCAGCGCGCGCACGUACGAACAGCUCCGAAGGAUUUUCCUCCCCCCUGCAUUCUUCCUUUUCAAAAAAAAAUCUGCUCUUUUUUUUGCCAGCGGGUUUCUGGCAAGCAGGAGAAACUGACAGCUCUCUCUCUCCUUGCAUUGCAUCGCCGGCACCGUUAGGGCGAAGGAGAACGAAGAGCCGCGGCCCCUCGAGGGAGAGAGAGAGAGAGAGUGAGUGUGUCUCUUUCUGGCUCUGGCUGUCUCCGGGACUUGGCUUGGCUGCGGCGAAGCGGCGGAGAAAGUUUCUUCCGGGCUGGCUGGCAGCGCGGAGGGUUGGAGCGUGAAGUGAGCCGAGAGGCGGUGAGAUCCGUCCUCCUCCCCGUCGUCGCCGUCGUGGUCCCCUCUCCUCUCUCCGGCGGGAGAGGAGGCUCUUCCCCCCGCGGAGCCCAGCGCGAUGGCUGGCGAGCUGAGCAUCGGCCCCGAGCUGCCCACCAGCCCCCUGGCCAUGGAGUACGUCAAUGACUUCGACCUGAUGAAAUUCGACGUGAAGAAGGAGCCCCUGGGCCGAGCCGACCGCUCGGGCCGCCACUGCACGCGCCUGCAGCCCGCCGGCUCGGUGUCCUCCACCCCGAUCAGCACCCCCUGCAGCUCCGUGCCGUCGUCGCCCAGCUUCAGCCCCACCGAGCAGAAGACGCACCUGGAGGACCUCUACUGGAUGGCCAACAGCUACCAGCAGAUGAACCCCGAGACGCUCAACCUCACUCCGGAGGACGCGGUGGAAGCCCUCAUCGGGUCCCACCAGGUGCCCCAGCAGCUCCAGGGCUUCGAGAGCUUCCGGGCCGCUGCCGCUCACCACCACCACCAUCACCACCAGCAUCACCAUCACCAGUACACCGGGGUCCCCCACGAAGACCUGUCGGGCAACGGGCACCCUCACCAUCACCACCACCACCACCACCCUCACCAUCACCAGGCGUCGCCCACCCCUUCCAACGCCUCCAGCUCCUCCCAGCAGCUCCAGAACACUCACCAGCCUCACCCAUCGUCCUCGUCUUCGUCCUCCUCGUCCUCCAGCAGCGUGGAAGACCGGUUCUCCGACGAUCAGCUGGUGUCCAUGUCCGUGCGGGAGCUCAACCGGCACCUGAGGGGCUUCACCAAGGACGAGGUGAUCCGCCUCAAGCAGAAGAGGAGGACCUUGAAGAACAGAGGCUAUGCCCAGUCUUGCAGGUACAAGCGGGUCCAGCAGAAGCAUCACCUGGAGAACGAGAAGACCCAGCUCAUCCAACAGGUGGAACAGCUCAAGCAAGAGGUCAACCGGCUGGCCAGAGAAAGAGACGCCUACAAGCUCAAGUGCGAGAAACUGGCCAGCAAUGGCUUCCGAGAGGCCGGAUCCACCAGCGACAACCCGUCUUCUCCCGAGUUCUUCAUGUGAGUCCUUAAAAAAAAACAAAAAACCCCACCAGCCAACCGAGAUAUGUUUCUCCCCCUACCCACCCCCCACCUGCUCCCCAGUUGUCGUCCCCCCUCUCCCAUCCUCUGACAUCUCCAUCCAUCCUACCCUCUUGAGCUGAGAGUCAGAAGAGCAACCGAGGGGCCUGGGAAGGGGGUGACGCGUUGGCCUGUGUAAUCCGUGACUCUGCUAAUCUUUGCAGAUCCUUGUCUUCCUCUAGAUGAGCUGCGAAGAUCCAAGCGGGAGGGGAAGGGUCGCAACUUUUUCAUCUUAAUUGGCCAGAGAGAGACAGAGAUGUGUAGAAGAAAGAGAGAGAAAGAGACAGACAGAGAGAGAGAUGGGGCGGAGGGGGUGGGAUGGGGAGAGAAAAGUAGGUGGGGAGGAGGAGAAAAGGACUGUUUUAAACAAACACACACACACACACACACACACACACAAAUGUUUUAUACGAAUCGGUUGCUUGCUUGUAGAACUUUAACCUGGACUUUGCAAAGCAAAACGAUGGGCACUGGACAAGCCAUCUAGAAUUACCUGCUUUGGAGUGGUUGUUGUUUUAUAAACGGAAGGAAGAAAACAAGAGAGAAGGGAGGAAAAUACCCAAUUUACCUGGAAAAAGAGGAGAGGACAAUAUAUGCAAACUCCUCAUAUAUUGCCUGCCUGUGAGAAAGUGACAGAAUUCAGAUGGGACGUUGCCAUGCGAGAGAGAAGGGAGGGAGAGGAAAGAAAAUGAAAACUCCUCGGUUUUAUUGCCUGCUUGAUUAUAUAGGGGAUAAAAAUACGGAAAAAAUCUGCAUUAAAAAUAUUAAUCCUGCAUGCUGGACAUGUAUGGUAACUUCUAUUUUGUACCAUUUUUCUUGUUUAAACUUUUCGCAUGUUGUUGAUCAUCGAUCAUAUCUUCUUUUCCUGUUCCUGUUCGUUUUUUUUCCCUUUUCUUUUCAAUGAGUGAGGAAAUGUCACGAGUAUAUAUAUAAAGCCCUCUUUUUUAACUGCUCAUGCAACUGUUUCUCUAUAUUUCUUUUAAAAAUAAAUAAAUCUGGGCUCAUUCCACCAGGAACUUCUCCUGGGCAUGUCCCUUUGGAAUGAACAGGGCUGCUCUUGGUGGAUUGGGCCCCCUGUUAGCUUGUAAAUAUAUAUCAGCCAUAUCAACCGGCGCAGGGGGCAAAUCACAAUAACAUUUCAGCAGGCUGGCUUUUGAUGGUUUUGGUCGUUCUUUAGGGAAAUAAUAAAUUUACACACACGCGAGAGAGAAAAGAGAAAUUCUGGGCAUUUUGCAUUCAGAUAGCAACUUUGUAUAUUUGGUGCACUUUGAAAAGCUGUAACUUUAAAAAAAUGUUUCUAGUUUUCAUUUUGGUUUUUGUUGGGGCAGAGAAAAUGACAAACCUAACCUCCACCCCAAUGAUCUUAAAUAUACUCUAGAAGUUAACUCUUCCGAAAUCAGCGGAGUUGACCUCCCGAUCUGUGCGGUUAGAAAGGGCCAAGUUCCCCCGAAUUAAAUUGGACUUUUACUUCCAAGUAUGUGUCGUGGUAUGUCCUUCAGAGAGCGAAAAGGAAAAGUAGCCCAGGCAGAAUAUUAUUAAUGUGUGACAACGCUUGGAUCCCGUCCUGGGUCUUCACCGCAGUCCCCAGUAAUCUUCCGUUUGGGCUACCUGAAUUUAUCAGACACUCAGGAAAAGUAAGAGAUUUUACAACUUGGCGAUUACUUCUCCCCGCCCUCGCAAGCCCCUAGCAACAAUUGGCCGCUUCACUUCUUAACGCUGAGAGAUGCGAGUCAGUUUCAGUGGCUGCGUCCCGAGCAACUCACGUGCUCGCGCUCUGAUUGGAGUUAAGUUAAUCAGUGUAAGAGUAGGAAUACAUUCUGAAUGCAUAAAAAAACCCACACCUCUUUUUUUUAAUAAAAAAAAUAUUGUUUUGGAGGCAGACACUUCGCUUUUUCAAGUAUAUUCUUUUUUGCAAUGUUUAACCUGCUUCUUCAUGCAGCCAGUGAGAGUUUAGCCAAAUUUCUUCGCAAAUGCUAAUACUGUAGUUAAUAAUCUGGAGUCUUAUGGGUGUGUUUAUUACUUUUUUCUUCUUCUGGUGUUUUUUUUUUCCUCCUGCAGGUCAGUAAAAGGAUUUUAUGUUGCACUGACAAAAAUACCAAAAUGAAAACCUUUAUUUUUUAGUUUUCUUUUAGGGUUUGCUGGCACUGCUGGCCGGAUGCAUUUUAAGUUUGUAUUAGUUUAUAAAUUAACAGUAAUACCAAGAAUCGUGAAAAAUGAAGAGCAUGGUGCUUGCCGUUUUAAAUAUUGUGGAUAUUAAUAGUCAUGCAUCAGAAAAAAAAAUACCCCUCUGAGCUUUUUGGGUUUUUACGGAUUCAACUGUGUUGAAGUCGCAACAUUGCAGCAGCAGAGAGAGAAAAAAUAUUGUUUUUAUUUCAUGUAAACGUUCUGAAGGGAUCAAUUUAAAAUCCUGCUUAUGAUAUGAAAAAUAUUAAAAAAAACACCUCUUGGUCUUAUUGUAGUUUUAUUCAGACUGGUUUCUGGUUUUUGUUUGUUUAUUAAAUUGUUUCAUAUUUUUGCUUACUAAUAUCAUUGAAAUGGCAUUUUCUUUGGAGGGGGUACUUCUUUCACUACUUGGGGGUUGAAUUCUCUCACUACUUGGGGGAAGAAGACAUUUGUGACUGUUAUUAUUAUUUGGGUCCAGAUUCACCAAAUCAGGGGACUGCUAGAACUCUGUACUUCCAGCCCGAUCCAUUAUCAAAAUUCUUCUUUAAAAAAACCUAACAACAAUAACAUCCUGCAGUCUGAGAAAAGAUGUAUUUUCUCGGAAGUAAGUUUUAACGUGUUAAAAGGGGAUCUCUUCCACAUAAAUGCCCUAAGAUGGUAGCCUUAGUCCCAGACACUUAAUUUCAGAGGCAGCAUAUAUAUAUCACUGUGCUUUAACCUGUAUAUGAUAGAUCAAGUUGAGGUCAAAUGAUGAUUUCAGCAAUAUCGUUGCACCAAGUUGUGCUUUGGUCUUCAUAAUAUUCUAGUUUGUCUGGAACUGAAAUUCUCAUUUCUUAUUCUAAAAGCAUUUAACUUGGAAGCGAGCAUCUUUGAUUUUAAUGAGAGCUUCCAUGGAAAAAGUGUUCCGGCUCAGGAUAGAACAUGGAAGUUUUCUGGCUUGCUGUAGUCCAACCUUUCAGCGUCCUUAAAUGAAGGGGCCACAGCAUUAAGGGGGGGGGGGAGAGAAAGAUGCCAAGACCACCUCCUUCUGUAAAAUGGACAGGCCUCGAUGGAACUUUGGCCUGAGCUCAGCAGUACAUCACCCUGGUCUCGAACCACCCAGGGAUCGGGAACUUUUCACUCUCUGCAAAGAUCUGUUUGCCUGUGCUGUUUCCAAAGAGCCCCAAACUCUCCAUGCGGCUGAAAAUAGUUGCUUUUUUCAAUUGGACUGAAAUCCUUCGGCCUGUCUUACUGCCCCUACACACACACACACUUUACCCCCGUCCAAUGACACAAAACGUCGAAAGGGUUAAACGCCAACACACACACACAGCUUCCACACAUCUCCAGUUUCACACCUAAGAGAGGCUGAACCGAGUCUGAACUGAAAUGCUCGGGCCUGACAGCAAGGCAGCUCCGAGGGGUGGCGAAGGAAAGGCUUGCAAGCUUCAUCACAUCAGGCUUGCGGGGGGGGGGGUGUCUCUCAGGUGUGGGAAAGGGACCUGCGGCGAUCGUGCUGAAACACAGGCCCAAGAGCUUAACAAAACGUACGGGAUGGGCCUUGUGUAUCAGUGUGUAUAUACAGAGCGCCAUUCCGGUUCCCCGGGGAGGAAUGGGGGGGGGAGAACCUCUUUGUUGUUAUUAUUAUUUAUUAUUUAUUCAACAACCCGCACGCCCCCUCCCUCCCAGGCAAAACCAUUCGUGAAACAGAAAGCGCCUAGCGGAGCAACACUGACCCAGAGAGCCCAGGGGAGCUACCCCUUGGAAGCACCCCGCCCCCCCGGAUUUGAACCGUCCUUCUCUGCGUCCUCAUUGCCCCACAAGCCAAAGUCAGAGUUGUGCCAUUCCUGAUCUAGCCAGCUUCACCUGCCUCCCACAGACCCGUCCCUCGGUUCCCAAGAGGUGAUCUUCGCCUCCGCCACUCGCCACCGCAGCUGAUUCAUGCUUUCACUCCUCCACUGUUAAUUCACUAAGUUUAGGCUGAUGGUGGAGGUGACUAGGAGAAAAGCCAGCGGCAGCGGUCGAUGUCCCCUCCUUCCUGAUACAAACAGCUGAGUCGCUCCACGCUCAGAAUCAGCGCAAGAGUGUAAACUUUUUAAAAAACAAAAACCCAGCCAUACAGAAUUUAAUUUGAACCGAUUUAGGUACGCUCGAGGUGAGCCGAACCUUCCACCUUACUUCCAUGGAAAGUGUAGGAAGAAAGGGAGGUACAUUUACGCGGAGGUAAGCUCUGUGGGUUUCUGGGGAACACGAU